AGGAGGCUGCCUAAUAUUACAUAACGCUGUAAGCGUAGGAUGUGACUGUUAAAGUUUGCGAGGGCGGGCGGGGCUGCGCGCGGCGCGGAUCGAUGCGACCGCCCGCCCAGUAUCCCGCAGAGCGCGCCCCGAGCGCACGACUCUACAACCGGCGAUCUUCUAGUGUUGCGAUGAAGGUAGUAGUAGCGCGGUAGCGGUAUGAUAGCUGUAGGUAGCGGCGGUAGGAUCGGCCGCAACGCAGAGACCUCUUUAUAAGCACAUAUAAUGCUAAAACUACCCAAAGGCCUUAAGAAGAAGAAAAAGGGCAAGAAGUCAAAACGCAAAGACGAGGAGUUAUUUACCGAAGAGGAGCUUGAGAAGUACCGUGCGGAGCACCAGCAACCGGCUGAGUCCGGCGAACCCUCUAAGGAGAAUGAGGAGUGGUCCAAGUUCAAGGACUUGACCACUGGUAUUGACAGUGUACUUAAGAAGACUCAGGGUGAUCUUGAUCGUAUCAAGUCCACCUCGUUUUUCCAACGCAUACCUGCGGGCGUCAAGGAGCUCCCGCCAUCGCCGCCGCCACCUCCGCCCACCCGCCAGGUGGUCACUGUUACCGCCGCCGACUUCCCGCAGCUUGCCGCCGCCGACGAACACGACGACGCGAGUGACAUCGGCGUCACCGACGACGAGUCCGAGGACGACCAGGACGAUAUCUUCGAUACUUCGUAUGUCGAGGCUGUAGAAAGGGGAGAAGUCAAGCUUGCAGUCGUCCCCGACUCGCCGGACGACGCGCAGGACGACGAUCUCUUCGAUACAUCGCACCUUGACGCGCUUAUCAAGGGACAGGACCCUAAAACUUCCACCCGCAAGAAGGGACUAGAUAUUGGAAUCGCCGUAUCUGUCCUUACAGGUCGGAUAGACAACGUCACUGUCACUACCAAGCGGUCGCAGAAGAGGGCUAUACCGGCGGACUUGUUGUUAGAGGGUGACAACAGUGACCCUUCAGCAGCUCCCCCUGUAACCCCCGUCGCGCCCAGCGAACCCGAGGAGAAGAGUAUCCUCGACCUCGAUGCGGACAUACCUAUAAAUACCCCGAUAGACCUCAGUGUUUCGCUCCAUACGUCUUUGAUUCAACAAAAUAAAGCUCACGAAAAUCCUCUAGAGACUGAGGUUCCUGAGCCUCAACCGGUAGAAGAAGAAGACGACGAAUUUACUCAAUUAGCGGCAGAGUCCUUAGAGGUUAGUGCGGAAGUAACCAAACUUGAACAAACGGAAAUUGUUGCCGCGCCUGUGAUCCAGGAGUCGUGGUCAGUUUUUGAAGCCGACAAGGUAUCUGAAGUAUUCGCAGAGGGUGUCGCGGAGGAUCAGAUCGACGUUAUCGACCCCUACCUCGACCAGGACGAUCCGUUUGAUACAAGCUUUGCGGACGCCGUAGUACCUGUGAGUGCAGCUCCUUUUAAAAAGGAGGCUGUUAUUUUAGAAGACGACGACGAUUUCGACCCUCGGGCCGAAGAAAACAGAGCGAGGUUAAAUAACCGACGGAAAUCUUCCGUUCGUAUUCAUUUGACUGACCCAUCUGGCGUCCGGGAGUCCAUCACUUCAGACGACCGAGACCUUGGGUAUAAGGAGAAGUCGAUCCCAGCGCGCGACUUACUGGGCGGCAGCACCACUGAUUUAACUGCUCUUGGUGAUUCACCUCUCGAUCCUGUGGACAUUAAUGAUGAUGAAAUAGAUCCUUUUGAUACUACUCUCGUCGAUAAAAUAGUCGCGCCCGGUAAAGUCGAGUUGAAAUUAUUGGAGCAGGAGCUGAUAGGAGCUAAGUCCGUACCGGCAGCGCCCGUGUACCGUGUACCCAGCGACCCCGACUUUGACCCGCGUGCCGAGGAGCCCGCAGUUUUAUCCGAACGGCGUGCCAGUCGCCCUGAAAAUCUUACCUACAGCAAGAGCGUGUUGUUUGACGUCGAUUCCACGCUUCAGCCCGACAAGCCCAAAACCGCCAAGCCUGUCACGCCGUACUACACGCGAGAGGUCUCCAUCUCAGAAGACUCUGAGGACGCCGAAGCGAACGACACCGUCCCCGGGUCGUUGACGAGAACUCGCUCCGACGAGGAUUUGGCGCCCAAGUUCACCUAUCAGACGAAGAGGCGGCAUUCUGAGCUCCCUCAGUCGAGCCAGAGCAAGGCGAAGACGAGUCUGCUGGAAACCGCUCCUAUCGAUAUCCAAACUAAGGUACUGACACCGUGCAACCCUAAGCCCCAGCCGCUCGUGGAGGAGGAACUCGAUCCCUUCGACACUUCGUUUGCCGGUGAACUAGCUCCAACUAAAACAGAGUUGAAGUUGCUAGCAAAAGAGUUCUCUUGUGACGAAACUAACGAACCGGACGGACCCAAGGACUUUUUGGACCCAUCGGACGAUAUAUUUCAAAUUAAAGCACUCACACCGGAGCCCUCGAAUAUUUCUCGCCUGCCGGAGGAGGAGUUAGAUCCUUUUGACACCUCGUUUGCGGGCGACCUUCAGCCGGGAAGAACUGAACUUAACAUAGGAGAGCCGGUAGCGCCGGUGACGACGGAAGCUAUCAAUCCGUUUAUGAUGACGACGGAUGAGGCGCCGGUGGAGUACACCGGCGACAACCCAUUCGCGGCUAGCAACCCAUUCUCGGACUUCGGCUACGACCCGCCCGUCGGCGACGUGCCUUCUAAUAUCUUCGGCGCCGAGCCCACAGGUGGGGCUACCCAGUUCGACGGUUUCACUGCGCCCACCGAGCCUGCCGGUGGGUCCAACAAUUUCGAAAAUUUCGCUACAUCCGCCGCGCCCGUCGAUCUGUUUGGCGCCCCGCCGGUCAAGCCGACCGAGCUCGAGCUUGUCUCCACGACUGCGGACUUUUCGUUCGGAGAAGAUGUCAACAACGCGGCACCACCUCGCCCGCUACCACCGGAGACGCAGAAUCUUAUCCUGACAGUGACCGGACAGAUGGAGUUCACGAGCUCGCACUUGCUCGACCGUAUUCCGCUGACACGCACGCCCAGCCCUGUGUCUGUGCGUGACAUACACUCAGCCUGUCCUACGCCGGAGCCUGAGUUGGAGCCGCUGCCAUUGGACGAGCCCGCGCCGGUGCAAGCGGCGCCCCCCGCCGCCCUCGUGCAGUCAGACUUUGACAUCAAUCGCAACAAGCCGUCGCGACCGCCUCCCGCACGGCCUCCCGCGGCGCGCCCGCCACCCCCACGACCCGCGCCGCCACCAGUUCCACAAGCGCUGGUACAACAACAGCAAGCUACGGACGAUAUUAACCUCUUCGAUGCUCCGGCUCCCGUAACCGUGAAGCCGACGAAGGAGGAUAUUUUAAGUUUGUACUCGGCACCAAAGCAUGAGGAGAAGCCGAUUGAUUUCCUAAGCGAUGAUAUUGUAGACGAUGUCCCGGCCGUAAAUGCUGAGGUGCCGACCGCCACAUCGCCGCCGGUUCCGGCAGCCCCGGUGACCGAGCGGGUCGCAGUGGUACAGCAGCCGUCGCCACCGAAAGCUCGCGAGCCACCUCCAUUGCCACCAGCGCCCACUGAGGCAGCCGCGCCAGCCAUUCCAGAUGCAGCACCUAUGGACUGCUCCGAGCCACCCGAGUCUGCACCCACAACGAGCACGAUGCCGUUCGCGGAAGUCAUGAACGACAAUUUCUCAGCGGAGCCGCGCGAUGAAGAGAUGAACCCGUUUGAGUCCGGUGCUACGUUCACGGAAUCCACUCCAUUCACCGAAGCAGGCACUAACAUUUUUGGAGUGCAAGAGGACGCGUUUCCAGCUCAGAGCAACGACACUUUCGGCGCAGCAGAUAACGCUUUCGGAGCCGCUUCUAAUGGAGCGUUCGAAACCUCAGCAACUAACAUUUUCGCCGCGUCAAACGACGCGUUUGCGGACAAUGUGAACAGCUUCGGUAUGGAGCAAGGCAGCGCGUUCGACGCCCCGGCACCGGCGACAACGGUAGCGUCGGCGGGGUGGGAUGCAACACCGGCACCAGCGGCGAUGGGUUGGGAUGCCGCACCCGAGGCCAUGGCGCACGAUGCCUUCCCAGAGUCACAAGACGCUUUCGACGCUUUCUCCGCCAAGUUCGACAACACUGCCGCCAAACACCUGAACUCAGGCGCAUGGGGCGAUGAUGGUGGUUCUGAGGAAACCUCAGGAGGCUUCGAGGCGGAGGCAUUUGACCCGUUCUUGAGCAUGGGGGCUCCCCCGGCCCCCGCCGCGACGCCGCGCUUGCAGUCACAGGGCUCGAAGGACUCAGUUGAUGACUCCUUCUCCCUGUUCAUCAGGCCGAAGGACAGCACCGGUGCGGACGCGGGAGCUGCAGUGCCGGCAUUGGCGCCCCCGCCGCGCCCGCAAGCGCUGCCGGAAUCUCCGCGUGCCAAUCCGUUUGACAAGAGUGCGGAGGCGCCAAUCCCACGCGCCGAUGCUUACGAGGAACAGCGGCGCGGCUCCGGCGGCUCAGGCGGCGAGACGCCACCGACGCCAUUGUUCGACGACGAUGUAUCCCAGCCACUCGAGGACUUCCCUCGGAUCAAGUACGACGGGCCAGGCUGGGAGAUGCAGCUGAGACAGCCGGUGAAGAAAAAGAUUACCGGUCAGAGGUUCUGGAAGAAGGUAUUCGUCCGCGUGGCUACACAGGGCGAAGCACCUGUUCUCCAGCUCUUCAAAACCGCGCAAGACAAGGAGCCAUACCAGGAGCUACCUCUGCAAGCCUGUUACUCGGUGUCUGAGGUCGGCGCGCAGCAGUUUGACACCUUCGGCAAGAUCUUCACGGUCAAGCUGCAGUAUGUUUUCUACAAGGAGCGCCCCGGUGUCAGGCCAGGGCAGGUGACAAAAGCUGAGCGCAUCACGAACAAACUGUCACAAUUCGCGGCAUACGCGAUCCAGGGUGACUAUCAGGGUGUCAAGGAGUUCGGUAGCGACCUCCGCAAGCUGGGGCUGCCCGUGGAGCAUGCUCCGCAGGUGUCGCAGCUAUUCAAGCUAGGCUCUCUGAGCUACGAGGACGUCAUCCAGUUCUCAUGCUGCAUAGAAGAGGCGCUGUUCCGUCUCUCAGCGCAUCGCGACCGCGCGCUCGCUUACAAGAUGGAAGAAGUCCAAGUGACAGCUGUUGAUGAGUUGUAUGUCGAACAAGACGCGGAUGGCUCCGUUCAGAAGCAAAUUGCGCGUGUCAGGCUGUUCUUCCUUGCAUUCCUAAGCGGCAUGCCGGACAUCGAGCUCGGUGUGAACGACCUCCGCCGACAAGGCAAGGAGGUGGUCGGACGGCACGAUAUCAUCCCCGUGGUCACGGAGGAGUGGAUCCGCGUCGAAGAAGCCGAGUUCCACGCUUGCGUGCAGCCGGAAGAGUUCUAUAACACGCAGAUUAUUAAGUUCAAGCCUCCAGACGCGUGUUACAUCGAGCUGUUGCGCUUCCGCGUGCGUCCGCCCAAGAACCGCGAGCUGCCGCUGCAACUCAAGGCUGUUUGGUGCGUCACUGGGAACAAGGUGGAGCUUCGAGCAGAUGUAUUGGUGCCAGGUUUCGCAUCGCGCAAGCUAGGACAAGUGCCGUGCGAAGAUGUCGCUAUCCGCUUCCCCAUCCCUGAGUGCUGGAUCUAUCUGUUCAGAGUGGAGAAGCAUCACCGUUACGGGUCUGUCAAGUCUGCGCACAGACGUACGGGCAAGAUCAAGGGUAUCGAGCGGUUCCUCGGCGCCGUGGAUACGCUGAGCGAGUCCCUGAUCGAAGUGACGUCGGGGCAGGCCAAGUACGAGCAUCAGCAUCGCGCGCUGGUUUGGCGAAUGCCAAGACUGCCUAAGGAAGGGCAAGGCGCAUAUACAACGCACAACCUGGUCUGCCGUAUGGCGCUGACCUCCUACGACCAGGUCCCCGCUGAACUAGCGCGCGCCGCACACGUGUCGUUCACGAUGCCGGCGACCCAAGUGUCGCACGUCACCGUGCGCUCCGUGUCGCUGCAGAACCAUGACCGCGACGACCCGCCCGAAAAAUACGUGCGGUAUCUAGCGAGGCACGAAUAUGUCGUGGGCAUCGAGCGUACAACGGGCACAGCGAACGCACCGUCAGCGUACGCGGCCGCGGCCGCCGUGCCCCGCGCCCCCGAGCCCGCCGCCACCCCCGCCGUCGCCCCCGCCGUCGCCCCCGCCGCCCCGCAACCGCCCUCUUCCGACUCCGACUCCGACUGAACUGUCGAAACUCACUGUUAAUUCUACAAGUUUGGCAAGGCUUCCGACCACUUCGAUCUUGGUAUAGUUUCCGGGCGUGUAGUAGGUUGGCAACCACAAUUGUGGUUAGGACUUUGAACCGUUGGAAGCACGGUUGCCAGCCGAGUAGAGUGUAGUGUUAAAACUGUGUGGACGCUCGAGCGGGGCGACCAGCAGCGGGGCGUGCGUCCAUAUUAAAUAAAUGCAAACGUGUGCGAGCGGCCACGCGUUAAAUCCCUUGGGAGCACGACGCUACGCUGCACGCCCCGCGCGCCGUUGCAUGCUCUUUACUGUGGCACUUAGAACUGCAACUGGGAGAGAUUCUGAGCUUCUUCGCAGUGCUCCUUAAAAACGUUGACGUUAGUGUGGAAUUGCUGACAUGCAGAAAUUGCAGGUCGUGGUAGUAUUUUCUCAGAUUCGGUUUUGGACCAGACCACAUGGCCAGAUCUACGCAUCAGAGCUGCAUUCAAACUUAAAAAUCUCAACUUGAUCUGACAUCCCUGCGAGUAAAUUUAAAUCAAUAUCAAGUGAGAUUUGUGAAGCUGUAAUAUGCUCCGAUGCGAAGACGAGAAAAUGUCGUAACAUUUUCCUACAUCGUCACACAGAAGAAUCGAUAUUAUGCUACUAAGAUUGCGUAACACCGCGGACCGUGAUAUUGUGUGUUCUACUACUAAGUAUUAAAUCGGCAAAUUAACUAGGUAAUAUAAUCUCAUAAUGAAUAAAAUACAGGACGGACAUUGUCAGAUAUAUUUUGCAUUAUAUAUUUUCUACACAUUGAACAUCGUGGACCCUAAAAGUAGGAUUUUGAAUAAGUAUAUUACCGAGUUCCCAGGUGAUGUUAUUUUUAUUUUGUAUAAUAUUAUUAUUGUACAUAUUAUCUAGGUUGUAUUUCCGUUAAUUUAGUUUAGGUAGUGAAAAAUUUAAUAAAAUUACAUACUCUUAGUUUUUCAUUAAUUUUUGACACAGGAUGCUAGUAGCGUAAUUUUGUAUCAGUAUAGAAGAAUUUAAAGUAUUAAGUAGAUAAAGUCAGUUCGUAAGGCGGAGUUAAUUUUCAAUAAUGGUCCAUUUAAUUAAAAUCAGUUAGUGAUUUAUUGAAGUUGUACUAUUUAUAGGAAGAUUUGUUAUGAUGUUGUUAUGCUUCGAUUGUUUGUUUGUGCGUGGAGAGCUAUGAAGGAGUGAGCAAAAGUUUUGAAAGAAAAUACUGUAAGCGGCACGGCACUGCGACCCAUUAUGCAAACGCCUGGCAUUUACAACAGACACACUUGAAGUGACAAUUAUUCGAAAAUCCUUAAGGUAUCAUCAAUCAAACCACCCAAAUGAUGUCCUGUUAGUUAAAGUCUCCUCACAACAACCAACGUCGGAUGAUCUAUGGUUGUAAAUAUUGUCAUCAUGGUAGAGCCAAUGCGUUUUGCAGCGUACAUACACGAAGGCUACGAAAAGUAAAACACUGGAGAGAAUCCGCUGGACGCUUACGCUAGCAGCGUCAACCGCCAUAUACUAUUGCCCAUUGUGUGGGGCGGAUGACCAGCGGAUUCGCCUGGAGGGUUUUCAUUUCACUUGGCCUUCGGGUUACGUGUCAAAAAUUAUGCUUCGUUGCGUCGUAUUGAGAGCCUAGUGGGAGGUCUCCUGUACAUAUAGUAGUGAUGAUAAUGAGCUUCGGACGGAAGCCCGCCGACACGAGUCCAAUUGUUUGCUACUGUAAACUACUGUUACUAUAAAAAUGUACCCUAUAUUUUCAUAAAAUACGUACUAAAAUAUAUCAACAUUUUUGAGAUUAUAAAUUAAAUUAUGAAUAUUAUGUCUCCCGCGUAUAUCGUGAAAGUAAGCUUUAAAAGCUCGAAGCGUCAGCGAAUCGCGAGGCAGGCAAGUAUGUUAUACCAGAGCAUAAUAGGCUAAAUAUAAUUGCUUAUCUAAUGUAUGUAUUGGGUGACAAUAGAGGUAGUAGUGUUUAAAUAUUGUAAGAAAAACAUCAAGUGUCUAGAGAUGCUCCAUUAUCAUAACGAUAAGUAGCCUAUGGUUAUUCUGUUGUCGAUUUUUUUUCGACAGAUUGUGGUACGAUUUGGUAAUUUUGUAGAGCUCCUCAUUCUGGCCGGAAUAAACACGAAAUCCCAAUUUGGAACAAAAAAAUAAAGUAAUUUUCUGUUGAGUUCCGAAAAUUCCAUACUUAUAUGUUUUCGUAGGUAUAACUCAAAGGAAUAUUUUUAGGACAUACGGUGAAUAUGCGCUUAUAUUGUACAAAAUAGGAAACUCUAUCUAUCACCAAUUUUUAUCUAAAUCUAACGAAAAAAAGGAUAACAAAAUAAAACUCGGCCCAAGUAGUGUAAGGUAGGCUAGACGCAGCGACGUCCCGGCACAUACGAUUGUGAUAAUAAUAUCAUCUCCAUAGUUGUUGAUCAUUAUAUAUUAUUAAUGUAUGUUACUACACUUAUAGCAAUAAACUAUCCGUAUAACGUGCUAAUUUGAGGUUAUUUUAAGUUGUUACCCACACUCAGUCCAAACGAGACUUAAGGUACAUUUACACUAAUUCUACUUCAGAAUUCAAUAAAGUGUAAACGCGCUUUAAUGUCAAUGGCAUAGAGUUAACUACUAGAAAUAACCCUUGAUCUAUAGCGUCUGUCUGUGUGUCUGUCUGCUGCGUGCUUCCGGUGAACCGAGCUUCGCUCGAAGCACUACCCUUGUACGUAUUGUAUAAACUCACGAACCUAGUACAAUUUCCAAUAAGUAGCAACCUAAACACUUGUUCGAAUUUCUACUAUAUCUAUAUGCCUAUUGGGAAAGUAUAUCUAUAUUAUAGCGGUGUUCAUGGCGAUUACAAGUUAACGGUAUCUAUAUAUGCAUAAGACUAGUGCUAAGACAGAACCUAUAUUGUUUCCCUCGCCGCCCGCGGUGGGGCCCCACAGUGAGAUGUUCGCAUGUACCUUGUAACCACGCAGAUGGAUCCUAUGUUCUGUUGUCAAUAAAAAAUAUGACUGUGA